AUGGAACCUACACCAACUUCUACACAGGAAGAGAUACUUGCUGGUGAUAAUCCUUUAAACUAUAAUAAUACAACUCCAAAUCAAUAUGGUUCAAAUUCAUUUUCAACUCCUCCUCGACCUUCUAUCCGCUGUCCUGCAUUAACUGUCUUUCUUCAUCAGCUCAAUUUAUCGCAAUAUCAUAGCCUAUUUGUUGAGGCUGGAGUUGGAGAAAAUGACCUUGAGCAGUUACUUGGAUUUGACGAAGCGGAGCUUAAAGAAGUUAUGUCUGCUAUAUCUAUGAAACCUUUUCAUUCUGCCGCAUUUAAAAAAGGGAUUAGGGAACUACGACAAACUUACUCUCCAAUGUUAUCAUCUGGUCAUUCGUAUCCAACACCUUUAACAUAUCCAAACGUUCAAUCGACGAUGCCUGUGUCUCCCGUUGAGUUCCAAACAGGUUCUAUGAGUCCAACACGUAAAUUGGUAAAGAUAGCUCCAGCAGGUGAAAAGACGCCAACGUAUUUAGAUAAACCUACAAGACCUGCAAAGAUGCAAUCUCCAUUUUUGCAGAAUACGGCUCAACCGAUGCAAGAAGAUCAGGAUGUAUUUAUGGAACACGAACCGACACCUCAAGAUAUUCUUUCUACACCUACAAAUAUGAUUUUAUCAGAAAGCUCAAAUUCGUUACCGAUAAAUACUUCCACAACUUCAAAGGAUGUUAUUAUACAUCAUGCGACCAUUUAUGGAAAGAAUAGUCCAAGACAAUUGACCUCAUAUGAACAGGCUAUCAAUUGUGCAGCUAUAGAGUUGGCUCUUCAAGAUCCAGCUUUAGUUGCUAAUAAAGGAAUGUUAUUUGAAAAGGCCAAAGAAAAACUUUUGCGUGAGGGAUAUAGUUACAAACGUGGUGCAUCACGCUCAAAAUUAAAUCCGAAUGCCCCUAAACCAGGUUCGAGAGCAUCACGCGCAACCCUUCGUGCUAAGAGAAAUGCACAUGCUGCUCAAAAUAGUGAACAUCGAAACGCAAGAAUUGCGGAAUUAGAACGUAAAAUGAAAGUUAAAGAGACACAGUAUGAAAUGGCUAUAGAAGCUAUGAAGUCCAAAUCAGCGCAAAAGGAUUCGGACAGGGCACAGAUAGCUUUAGAAGAACUUGAAAAGGAGAGAAUUGAAAUGGGUAAAGAGUUGGUCAUUUUGAAAAGUAAGGAACGUAAACAUCGAUGGUAUGAACAAAAGAAAAAAGAAAGAAUGGAUCCUGGGUUCGAUGAGAGUGUUGAAGAAUCUUUAAACGAUGAUAAUGAUAAUGAACCAAAACAGAACGUUAAACUUGAAAAUUCUAUAAUAGAAGCAGAAGAGUAA